AUCGUCAAUCAACACAGAACUAGGAUAACCUAACUAUAUAUAUAUAAUCGCAGACCCUAAUUAGGGUUUAUUUUCACUCGGCCGGCUUCUUUCCCUGCCUGUCAAGCUUCUCCUCCUGCCUCUCAGUCGCCGCAGCCACAAUGGGGAAAACACGUGGAAUGGGAGCUGCUCGUAAGCUGAAGUCCCACCGCAGGAGGCAGAGGUGGGCUGACAAGGCUUACAAGAAGUCCCAUCUUGGGAAUGAGUGGAAGAAACCUUUUGCAGGGUCAUCCCAUGCCAAAGGCAUUGUUCUAGAAAAGAUUGGAAUUGAAGCUAAGCAGCCAAACUCUGCUAUCAGAAAAUGUGCUCGUGUUCAGCUUAUCAAGAAUGGGAAGAAGAUUGCUGCCUUUGUACCCAAUGAUGGUUGCUUAAACUACAUCGAGGAAAAUGAUGAAGUAUUGAUUGCUGGAUUUGGACGGAAGGGGCAUGCUGUUGGAGAUAUUCCUGGUGUUAGGUUCAAGGUAGUGAAGGUUUCUGGUGUCUCCCUUCUGGCACUGUUCAAAGAGAAAAAGGAAAAGCCUAGGUCUUAAGUUUCAAGGAAAGAGUUUGUCUUCUAUUAACUCUCUACCUAAUUCAUGCGUUCAUAGAGAUGGUAGUGAGAAUUAUGUAAUGCAGAAAUCUGUGAACUACUUAUCUCUCAAGUUAGAACUUGAGCCUGUUUUUCUUGAGAAUUGGAAAUUUUGGAAUCGCAAGAAAUUGAUAUUAUUUGA